GCGGGAGCCGCGGCGGUGGCGCCCUCGGCGGCGGCCAGCGCCCUGGCGGGCGGCGGCCGGACGAGGCGCGGCCAUGCUUGCUGAGGCUGGGCGCGGUGCCAGGCGCGGCGGGCUCGGCGUACGUGGAGCAGGGGCGCACGAAGGUGGUCGCCGCCGUGCACGGCCCGAUGCAGCUGGCCGGGGAACGCGCGCAGGGCGCGCGGGGCGCCGAGGGCGUGCUGUCGGUGGACCUGCAGCUGGCGCCGUUCAGCACGCGCGGAGGCGGCCGGGAGGAGGGCGAACGGAGGGCGGCGUUCUACGGGGGGUUGUUGCAGCACGCCCUCGAGUCGGUGGUGAUGUUGGAGUGCUACGCCAAGGCCGCGCUGGACGUGAGCUUGCAGGUCCUUGAGGACGACGGCGCCGUCCUCCCGGCGGCGCUGGCGGUGGCGUCGCUGGCGCUGGCGGACGCCGGCAUCCAGAUGCGCGACAUGGUCGCGGGGGCCACUGUGCACCUGUCAGGCUUCGCCCAGGAGAUCGGCCUCGAGACAGGAACUGUAGAAUGCAGCUGCGAGGGCACGAUUCCGAUGUCAAAAAGGAAACGGCGAGACAUGCUCGGCAUCGCGAGCCGCCCGCGCUGCGUGCGCUAG